AUGGAGUAUCUACAAGAUUUGCGCACGAUGACGGAACGCCUGCGAAGUCGGUACUACACCCAUGUGGAUCUCUUUAUUGCCGACAUGCGGCGAAUGUUUCACAACUGCCGAACUUACAACCACCCCGACUCCGACCUAUAUCGCCAUGUCGCCUCUCUCGAUGCCCUCUUUAUAAGAAAGAUGCGCGAAGCAGGCCUUUGGGACAACCCACCUUCACCUCUACCCCCUCCCUAG